CUGCUGACUAAACAAAAUAGUGAAGCUCCUAUCAAGUGGCACUGAAGAGGACAUCAACAGGAAGCAGAGAUUCACAAAGACGGGAUAUUUUAACAGCUUAUAUUCAAGGUUUGAGUUUCAUUUGUUUUGAUUAAGUCUUUUAAAUGUAAGCUGAUAGAGUGUCCAGGUUUCUACUGUUAUCUGCUUUAUUUUAGACGUACUGUUUGAUUUUAUUGUUUGUUCACUUUGUUAAAGAGGUUGUGAGCCAACUCAGAUGAGUUUUCUUUGUUUGGACAGGCUGUAAAGAUGCACAGUAUCUUCAGCGGUUGUGCACUUGCAGCACUGCUGCUGGCUGCAGCCUGGGCAGACCACCAGCUGUCCUCCCCCAAUGCUGACUUUGCAUUUGCCCUCUACAAAAGUCUAAAUGCAAAGACUUCUGCUGGACAAAACGUCUUCUACUCGCCCCUGGGCGUCUCGACUCUGCUGUCAAUGAUCUCUACAGGGGCCCGGGGUAAAACCCACAGCCAGCUUCUCUCCAGCCUGGGCUUCGGUGCCUUGAACCAGACUCAGGUCAAUGAAGCUUACAAGCAUCUUCUUGACAUCCUUGGACACGGCCGGGGGAACUUUCAGUUGGAUGUUGGUAACGUUGCUGCUUUCCGCUCUGGCUUCAAUCCUCUGGAGAAGUUUCUGACUGAUAUCAAACACUUCUACACCAGCGAGAUUUUCACCGUCAACCUGAACAAUCCCACGAAGGCUGCAGCCGAGAUCAACAGAUUUGUUACAAAUAAAACCCGGGACAAGGUCAAAGACGUGGUGAAGGAUCUGGAUCCUGAUACGGUUAUGGUGCUGAUCAACUACGCCUACUUCAAGGGUAAGAAGCAAGAUUCAUGAGUUUUGGGGUUAGCCAAGACAAACCGAUCAAUCAUUAGCGAUGUUGACGUGCAGUAAAACUCAUCAGACAUGUGCACCUUGUACAGGCAUGUGGAAGAACCCCUUCGACUGCUCGUUCACGCAGAAGACGGACUUUCACUUGGACAAAACCAACCAAGUCGAAGUGGACAUGAUGAUGAGAGCAGGAAGCUACAAGACCUACUGGGACAGAGAAAACAAAACCACCGUCGUCAUGCUGCCGUAUGAGGGUAAGACCUCCAUGAUGAUUGUCCUGCCUGAGGAGGACAAGAUGGAGGAGGUGGAGGGCUCCAUCAACAAGGACUCCAUCAGACACUGGAGGAACUCGCUCUACAUGAAGUAAGAGGAAUCUCAUUUACUGGUUGUCUGUGACUCUGACAUCGCUAAUGUCCUCUGUUUGUUUGUUUGUUUGUUUCUCAGCUAUGUCACUUUGUACCUGCCAAAGUUUUCCAUCUCAGCUGACGCCGUCUUGGAAAGCACCUUGAGAGAAAUGGGCAUAACCAACGCUUUCGAGGACAAGGCUGAUUUCUCUGGCGUAUCUGAGGAGUUAAAGCUCAAAAUCUCAAAGGUAGGAGGAUAUUACUCAUCAAGUUUAGGGUUAGUGAUUCAUGAUACAGUAGAUAAAUGAUGUCCGGCGGUCUCUAACGAUCAUCCAUGUUUGUUCCACAGGUGUCCCACCAGGCUGCGCUCAGCGUCACCGAGAUGGGAACAGAAGCAGCAGCUGUCAGCACCAAAGAAUGGAUGUACUUCAGUGCGUCCCCGUCUAUAAAAAUCAACCGGCCCUUUUUGGUUUUUAUUCUGGAGAGCUCUACUGGGAGCAUCCUCUUCAUGGGAAAAAUCAACAACCCUCCAGCUCUACCCGAGGCUCAGAUUUGUGAGGAAGAGUUUACACCAUUUCCUGAUACGUGACAGACAAAUUGAUGAUUGAUCACUGGUCUUUCUACAAAAAGAUAAUAAAAAAAAUUUAAUAUAACAUGUUAAAA